AUGUCUGGCUUCUUUGUUCUCAUUAAGAUAACAGAGAUUGGUAUACCCAGACACUUUCAUUUAAUAGUUUGCGACCCUGAACUAAAUCCAGAACUUAACGUUCCAAGAAGUUCAAACACUUGCUGUCUCAUGUAUGUUGACCAUAUAACAUUACAAGACCUCAUAAAAUAUCAAGGUGUCAAAUGUGAAGUGUUGCAAGGAUACUAUUACGAUGGAAACAGAGAUAUGAGAAUAAGAGAUGAAGUAAAGAAGUUGUUUGAGUUAAGGUUAAAGUAUAAGAAAGAAGAAAACCCCUUACAAGAAAUUAUAAAACUCAUUCUGAACAGCAUUUAUGGCAAAACUAUUCUAUCUCCUAUUGAGUCAAAAAUAACCAUAGUAGAUGACAAAGAUGCUAUAAGAUAUGCUAUAAGAAAUUACAACCAUAUAGUGAAGUUCGAAGGUUUGGAUGGUUCAGAUAAAACUAUUUUCAAGCUAACGAAAAGCAUUUGCAGACACUUUAACUUCUGUCCACUUGGUGUUAAUAUUCUGUCUAUGUCAAAACGUAUUAUGAAUGAAGUAUUCUGUACUGCAGAGGACAUGGGUCUUCAAAUAUUUUACCAGGAUACCGACAGUAUGCACUUAUAUAAUGAAGACAUCCCAAAGCUUGCAGCAGAGUUUAAGAAGAGAUACGGUAGAGAACUUAUAGGAAAGAACCUUGGUCAAUUUCAUAGCGACUUUGCAGAAAUAACACCUGGAAAACAAAGUUUAGCUUAUAA